GUAAAAAGACAUUAAUCUUUGGAGAAAAUAUCAAAAUCUAAAACGAUGGCUUCAUCCUUUGUAUUGAAACGUUUUGUUGUGGUCUCUAUCUUGGCCGUGAUGGCCAUGCAGCUCCCUUUGAUAAACAGUGUUUUGUCCCUAAACCAGACCAAUGCGUAUCUGCACCACGUAUGCCUCAACGGUGAAGGGACAUUCAAGUCGGGGAGUAUAUACGAGAGAGAAGUCAAAGGUCUCAUCGAUCAUUUGUCAACCUAUCUAGACUACGGUUUCGCCAAUGGCGCUGCUGGUGAUGGUACUGAUGAUAUCUAUGCCAAGUUCCAGUGCCGGGCCGACAUCUCCACAUCCAAUUGCCGCGCAUGCCUCUUCACUGCCUUCUCUAGGAUUCGUAAGCAAUGUCCAAACAACAAAGGAAGAAUAAUAUGGUACGACAAUUGUCUUCUCGACAUUUCUUCGAUCUAUACCUAUGGCAAGAUCGAUUACCAGCACAAUUUCUAUUUGUACAAUGCGAAGGAUGUGAAAAGCGGAACAAAAUCUUUCAACAAGAACACAAGGGAUCUCCUCUCUAAGCUGAAGGAGAACGCAACUAGUAAAAAAGAAUUACCUUACAGGAGAGACUACUUGUAUGCAGCGGGUGAGGAAAGUCUCGGGACCAUGAAAUUGCAUGCAAUGGUACAAUGUACGAAGGACUUAUCAGCCAAAAAUUGUAGUGUGUGUUUGGAUUGGAUUAUGGCAAAGCUUCCCAAAUGCUGUAACGACAAACAAGGAGGACGAGUUUUGACUCCGAGCUGUAAUUUUAGAUACGAGCUUUACCCUUUUGUAAAGACUUAAGACUAUAUAGUGAGAGCUCCAUAUGUAUAUUUUGUGUGUUUGAAUAAAUGUUUUGUGAUUCACUUUGUCUAACAUACUUUUUUUAGUUUAUUUGCAUUGGAAGUUUAAUCGAAUGUUUGUGUACGCUCGCUUGCCAUAAACUAUGUAAUCAAUACUGUAAUACUUU